UGUUCGUGGGGAAGCAAAGACAACAAGUGUGCGUGAUCAGUGUUGUUUGUGCGCGCGUUUCGAAAGGGGGGAGCACUUCUCGACUACCGGAUCGUGUUGUUCCCUACGUGCGUAGCGUGUCGAAUCGCACGUGUGCCGCGUCGCAUUCGAGUUCAUUCGCGCGCGUUGGCGCGCGCUCCGGCGUCUCAGCUGUCAAGGACGCCGAGGGCUUCUCCCCGGAGGCGCGGGACACUGCCGCGACGCGAGGAUGCUGUCACAGUGAACGACGCGCAGGAUACUCAAGGCUUUGGCCUGGACAUAAACUUCCAUUACAGUGCCAAGCAUAGAUUGGGUGCUGCCGACACCUCGGCCGCCAAAGUCUAUCGACCCACACACGUCCAGGAAUGAUGACAAGGUUAGAGAUGUCGCGAUUACCCGUCCUGAUGUUCCUGCUGCUCGAUGUCUUGACGACAGCGACCACUGGUCAAGACGUGCCAUUCACCACCGCCACACCAACUCCCACAACCACCCUCACCACGGCUGCAUCCAGCACAGAUGUACCGACGACAACGAGAACGCUAGCGUCGCAGACAGCAGUAACGUUGACCACGUCGACAACGACGCCGACGACGUACCAGUCGUCCUCGUCGCCUUUCGCGCCCGAGUUCACGACAGCGGAAGCAUCGCCGAGAGCGAUCACUUCUGAGUCGGCGGUGCCGUGGUGCCUGAGGGAGCACGUGUCUUACGAGCGUCUGUCCGGCUACAAGGUGGCCGACAUGCUGGCCGGACAGCGGACACUGCCCGAACCCACGCAGCCGGCGCCUCCUUCGACGGCCGAGGAAUGCUACCUGCGCUGCCUGGACGACGACCGCUGUCGCGGCUACAGCGUCAACCACGUGCGCCAGGUGUGCGCGCUCACGUGGUUUGACGUGGCCAACAGGUCCGACUACCUCCUGGCUGAUCCGAACUGGAGCUUCCACCGGAAGAUCUGCCUGCCUGAACGGCCCUGCCUGAGGCACUGGUCCUUCGAGCGGGUGCCGCAGUUCCACCUGGUCGGUUUCGAGGACAAGGUGGUGUCCGCGGUGGCCGACCAGGACGGCUGCCUGCAGAGGUGCGCCUCGGAGACGGGCUUCGUGUGCCGCUCGACCCGCUACGAACCCGCCAGACAGCGCUGCGUGCUCAGCAGGCACGACCGCCGCACCGCGGCAGAAUCCUUCCGCAAGACGACGCCCGAAGACGGCAGCGCGGCGGACGUGCUGUACAGCGAGAACCAGUGCGUCUCUGAGCCACCGCGGUGUAACUUCCGUCCCCUACGCGGUCGCUCUCUGAGCCGGGGUCACGUGUUCGUCGACGAAGAGGCGACGUCGCACUCGCUGUGCCAGGAGGCGUGCGUCAACCACACGGACUUCGUGUGCCGCAGCUUCGUGUACGACCAGUCGCGCCGCCUCUGCCUGCUCAGCCCCGACGACAGCUACAGCGGCGGCGCCACGGGCCCUCAGCCCGAAGACAGGGCGGCGGCGUCCGACGGCGAAGAGGACACCACGCUGCUCUUCGAGAAAGGAUCUUGCAUUGACGUGGAAAUGCGCUGCGAGGCGACCGCCAUGACGGCCAUCAUCCAGGUGACGUCAUCGUUCCGCGGCCGAGUCUACGCCGUGGGCCACCCGCACCAGUGUUUCUCGUCUUCCGUCACCGACACGGGUCACGUGGCGCUGACGGUUCCUCUGCACGGACGGCAGUGCGGCACCAAGAACCUGGGCAACGGGACAUUCCUGAACAGCAUCGUCGUGCAGCAUCAUCCGUACGUGCUGCAGAGCUCCGACAGGCGGAUCGACAUCUCCUGCGACUACGAGGAGGUGGAGCGCAAGCUAAGAGGCGGCAAGCAGGUCCUCGAAGGGGACCUGCAAAGCCUCACGCAAGUCAUCACGGGACUGGCUCCCACGCCCCCAGUUCGACUGAGAGUCGUGAACGCUUCCGGAGAUGAGGUCGCUGGCGUCGACCUCGGAGAUCCGCUCUACCUCAAGGUCGACAUGGAGGACGAAUCCGUGUUUGGAAUCUUCGGCAGCUCUCUGACAGCCCGCAGUGGCGAAGGCUCGGAAACCAUACUGCUCCUGGACGACAAAGGUUGCCCUGUAGAGCCCGCGGUGUUCCAAGGCUUCGAGCGGGCUCCGGGCUCCAAGUCACUCAUGGCGCCGUUCCAAGCGUUCCGCUUUGCAUCAGACAGCACGGUCAAGUUCCAGAUGACCGUGUCCUUCUGCCUGGACGUCUGCCCAAUGCCCAAAUGUCCAGGUGGAGGCGGCACGGACGACCAGCAGCAGAUGCAGCACCCGCAGCACCUGUCCACCGAGAGCCGCGCCGGCCGCCGGCGACGCUCGGCCAGCGCCGCCGACACGCACGCGCUCGACCUCCAGACGGGUGACGUGGUCACUGACGUCACCAUGGAGACUGCGCUGUUCGUCGUCCACAACCUGACGCCGUCGCCGCAGGCCUCCUCGGACGCGAGGCACGCCGGGAGGGACGCCAGAGGAGUCUCCCAGAACAGGAUGCCCCGCGACGCCGUGUGUCUGACUCGACCCGUGGUGUACACGCUGGCGAGCCUCAUCGGCGUCGUGCAGGCGCUCAUCCUCGGCUCUUGCUGCAUGCUGCUGUUCGUCAACCGGAAGUGGCGACUUACGCGGAAGCGCCUGGCCGCCAUGCACGCGUCGGGCAGCCGCGCUUCCGUCUCCAGCAAGUCGGAACUCUUUCUCAGGACGUAGUAGCGGCCGCCCUUCAACGCUCCAACCUCUCAUCCGGUCCCCCACCCCUUCCGUCCCCUCACUACGGGCU